GGAUAUAGACCCUACUACUGGUACCACCAGAUUCGGUGGAAACCCAUGUUCGAGGAGGGGCCUUGGAUCACGACUAUACUUAACUACGACGGGGGAGACGAGAUGAGACUGAGGAUCAAUGUGGAAGGAGGAAAAGAGGUGGAGAUGCGGACUAAUGGGAAGCUACAGGACGCUAUCAUGGAGACGAAAGAUCGUGUGGAGAGGCGUUGCCAGAGGGACGGCGUGACGGCAAGAAUGGAGGUAACGGUCUCGUAUCAUGAGACCGAGACCUCCAUGGGCACGGCGGACCUGGAACAAGCCCACGUGGACAGGGACUCAGGUGGGGAGAGCGAAAUGAGUGAGGCAGGGGACGGGGAAACGGACCUCAGAUCCUGGAUUAGACCAGGCGAGAUCCAGAAGCACCACCGGGCGGUGAAGCCAGUGGAAGAGGGACUCGAGGCCAGCUCUCGACAGCUGACGCCAAGAGGCCGCGGGACGGCUCGUUGCGUCGGUGCCGUUAGUCUGGGGCCAAAGGCUGGAGUAGUGGAGACAGGUGUUAAGUCAUCCGAAGUGCGUACUCCUGGGGUCGGGACUCUGGCUAUUCAAGACGCGGCUAUGACUUUGCAUGGAUAUAGACCCUACUACUGGUACCACCAGAUUCGAUGGAAACCCAUGUUCGAGGAGGGGCCUUGGAUCACGGCUAUACUUAACUACGACGGGGGAGACGAGAUGAGACUGAGGAUCAAUGUGGAAGGAGGAAAAGAGGUGGAGAUGCGGACUAAUGGGAAGCUACAGUACGCUAUCACGGAGACGAAAGAUCGUGUGGAGGGGCAUUGCCGAUGGGACGGCGUGACGGCAAGAAUGCAGGUAACGGUCUCGUAUCAUGAGACCGAGACCUCCAUGGACACGGCAGACCUGGAACAAGCCCACGUGGACAGGGACUCAGGUGGGGAGAGGGAAAUGAGUGAGGCAGGGGACCGGGAAACGGACCUCAGAUCCUAGAUUAGACCAGGCGAGAUCUAGAAACACCAUCGAGCGGUGAAGCCAGUGGAAGAGGGACCCGAGGCCAGCUCUCGACAGU